AACUUGGAAAAUUGUAAGAACCAAGAGCUUAUAAGUACUCAUUUCAUCACUGCCAGCUGCUUCAUCAAAGAGUAUACCCACGUCUUUCAACUUCAAUAUACACUAUAGAAAUCCCCUCCCUCUAAGGCUAGAUAGCUCCAAAAAAAAAAAACUCCAGCUCUCUCUCUCUCUCUCUCCAGCCGCACAUUUACAUAUAUAAUUAAGUUCAAUUCGAGCAAACCAAUCUAUAUUCAUGGAAGCCACAGCAUACAGAAAGUCAAGAAGCUUUCCCCUACAGCCCCCAACUUUUGGAGACCUAAUCACUAUUCUCAGCAUUGAUGGGGGUGGAAUACGAGGGAUUAUCCCAGGAAUUCUCCUCAGCUUCCUAGAGUCUGAACUGCAGAAGCUGGACGGUGAAGGUGCAAGAAUUGCAGACUACUUUGAUGUGCUUGCGGGAACAAGCACGGGGGGUCUUGUGACGGCCAUGCUCGCUAGCCCCGGUGGAGAUGGCCGCCCAUUGUUUGCUGCCAAAGAUAUCAAGGACUUCUACCUUGACAAUUGCCCAAAAAUCUUCCCACAAGCUUGUAGUCCGCCAUUUGCUUUGUUUGCAAAAAUAAUCAAAUCUCUGUCGGGGCCAAAAUACGAUGGGAAGCAUUUGCACGGCCUUGUGAAGGAAAAACUGGGAGACACCCGUCUGCACCAGACAUUAACCAACGUUGUAAUCCCAACAUUUGACGUCAAGCAUCUCCAGCCCACCAUCUUCUCUUCCUAUGAUGUUCGUGUGAAGAACAACAGGAACUUAGAUGCCUGUCUCUCGGAUAUAUGCAUUGGAACCUCAGCAGCACCCACUUAUCUCCCAGCCCACCAUUUCCAAACCAAAGAUCCCUCAGGAAAAGUCAGAGAAUUCAACCUAAUAGACGGCGGUGUGGCUGCAAAUAAUCCCACUUUACUGGCCAUGGGCGAGGUAACAAAGGAGAUCAAAAGGAAAAAUCCUGAUUUCUAUCCUCUCAAACCAAUGGACUAUAGCCGAUUUCUGGUGAUAUCCUUGGGCACAGGCUCGCCCAAAGCCAUAGAGAAAUACACGGCGGAAGACGCAGCAAAAUGGGGUGUACUGGGUUGGUUGAACCACGGCGGUUCCACCCCCUUAGUGGACGUGUUCACCGAAGCAAGUGCCUGA